AUGCGUCGGGACCUGGAACGUCGAGGUCAUCGUUUCGUCUCGAAUUGUGACUCGGAAUUGAUCGCGGUUUAUAUCGCUGACGCCAUCGAUCAGGGCGAAGAACUCGAAGGCGCGAUGCGUCGCUCGAUCGAUGUAAUCGAUGGUGUGUUCACUUAUCUGGUCGCCACCAGCGAUCAAUUGGGUAUGGCCAAAGACGUUAUGUCGGCCAAGCCAAUGGUGCUUUAUGAGAGUGAUGAAUUUGUCGGGCUGGCUUCGGAAGAAGUCGCCAUUCGUAGUAUUUUCCCGCAUGAAAUAGACACGUGGGAUCCUUAUCAAGGGGAGGUGAAAGUAUGGGCAGCGUAA